AUGCUCACUCAGUCCUGGGCGUAUGCCUAUAAAACCCACGAUUCGAAAUGUUGCAUUCAUAUCGAAACAGACGAGCGGCAGACAUGCCAAGGUUAUCAAGGGGAAACAGAGAAAGAGCUGUCGGGACAACUGGCGGCCGGUGAGUCGGUGGGACGGGUGUACCAGGUUUUUGGUGUCCACCCAAGCACCAUUUAUCACCUUCGGAACCGAUUACAAACGACAGCGACCACAGCAGAUCGACCAAGAAACGGAAGACCAAGGGGGACAACUCCGGCCCAUGAUUGUGUCAACAUUCGUCGGCACCGCCGGUAUCCGUUUCUGCCGGCUGCAGAGACUGCCAUGGAACGACUGGAAGCCAACUUAGCCGCUGAACUGUGUAACGGAGCGAAUGGUCGUGUCCGUGUGUGGUGUAGAGACACGACUCGCUACGACGACAACAACGUUCUGGAGCGUGACCCCUGGGGAGGCGAGAGCGUGAUUAUAUGGGGAACCAUUGUGUUGAAUCAUAGAGUGGGACCUGUCAUCUUCCAGAACAUUGGUCCAGGGCGUGCAAACGGUGUAACGGCUCAGCGCUACAUUGAACAAGUCUUGGCACCUCAUGUGGUGCCCUUUCUACAGAGGCAUCCUAACUUCCUGUAUCAACAAGACAAUGCACGACCACAUACCGCACGUGCAACCCAGAACCUUUUGGCGCUCAACAAUGCCAAUUCAUUGGCACACCCACCUCGCUCAACUGACUUGAACCCUAUUGUGGGACGUGAUUAA